AGAAAAACAGAGCAGUCAGAAGAAAAAACAGAGCGAUGGAGGGGGUGACCCGCAACGAGAAUAGUAAUGUUUCGAGUGAGGAUGAUGAUAGAUUCCCGGAGGGUUUAAGGGUUCUUGUGGUUGACGACAAUGUCACCUAUCUCCACCUUCUGGAGAAGAUGCUUCAAGAUUGUUCGUACCGAGUGACCAAGUGCCAGCGAGGAGAGGAGGCGUUGGCGUUGAUUCGAGAGAACAGGGGCAGGUUCGAUAUCGUCUUGACAGAUGUUCACAUGCCUGGGAUGGAUGGACUUCAGCUUCUCGCCGAGAUCGCUAACAUGGACAUAACCUUGCCUGUAGUUAUGUUCUCAAGCGACCACGAAAAGGACACUGUGGUGAAAGGAGUGAAAGGCGGGGCACGCGACUUUCUAGUGAAGCCGAUUCGAAGCGACACUCUCAAGAUUCUGUGGCGACAUGUUCUUCGGAGCAACCCAUCGUCAAGGAACAAUUCUACUAAAGAAUUGGAGAUGCCGCACCUUCUGACCACAUCGUCAUCUAACAAUACCCAUUCUCAGGCAGAGAAUGAGGAAGAGAAUUCCAAAAGCUUGAAAAGAAGCAGCGAAGAUGAAGCUGAUCAAGGCCAGACUAAAAGCGGGGCGAAGAAACCCCGCAUUGUUUGGACACCUGAGCUCAGCCAGAUGUUUAUCAUGGCCGUCAAUAGUCUUGGAGACGAUAAUGCCAAACCCAAGAAGAUACUGCAAAUUAUGAGGAAAAUGACGGGUCUUCCUCAUCUCACUAGGCAACAUGUCUCCAGCCACCUUCAGAAGUACCGCAGGAACUCCAACAAGAUAGGUGAAGCCUCGGAGCAUCAAAGUGCAGAGUCUUCUCUCAUUAACGGUCCUGGCUUCGCUGAUCUCACUUGUUCCCCUCCACCAUCAUCGCCACUAAUUGGGAGCAGCCGUAUGCAAAACUGUGUUGCUUCAGCUCAAUAUCCAUCACGAGUUAUGAGCAUCGCCCGUCGACAGCAGUGCACCAGUUGUAGUACGAGGAUGCAUAAUCUUGUUGAGUUCCUGGAUAAUGAGGCGCUCCCACCACAGCCGCUUGUGCCGUUGCAGCAACCAAACCCACUUCUUGAGAACUACGGUCCCCAGUCAGCUCAAUGCCCAUCGUAUGCUCAUGCGCCAUCCCUUGGGUUCACCUCACCAAUGAAAAACAACACACACCCAGUUGUUCAUAAUCAAAGUGACAAUUCAUUCAUCAUGCAGAUGUUCCAAACACCUUCAAAUAUGCAAAUCAUUGAUGAAGCUGCAGCUACAGGACAUCAUCUUUCCACCACUACUCACCCUCAUCCAUUGCAGAGCCAGAUUUCAGAACAGGACAUUCAAAGCCUUUGUUCAAGUACUCCUCAUACAGCUUCUGAGCUGGGUUUGCCCAUAGCCUUCGGCACCAUUGGACCUAGAGAGAAUGAAUCCUGCGGCAGCAAUAUAAAAGAAGAAUUCUGUUCCCGGAACAACUAUAAUCCCGUUGCUGAGGACUGCCAAGCAUAUGUUAACGAGGCUAUAUUUGCAGAUAUGCUUGAUCAGGUUAGUUGA